UGAGGACUUACGUCAUCAACCCGCGCCGACAAGGAGUCGACGAGCAAGCGGCGUCUUCUGAAGACUCAGGCUGCUGCCUCAGCGUCUGUUCUUCUGAGUGAAGGACUUUUGUUUGGCUUUAAUGAUCCCACAAAAGCUUAAACCACCAGUGUCGAAAUUUGUCCAUUGUUCAACACAGCGGUCACAGACAAUGCUGCCUGGAACCACUGAAUAAGUGGUGUGAGAAUGAGCAGUCCCAUGGCUGUCUCUGCUGGUUCCAGCUCUAAAGACCGCCCAGUGUCCAGAACCAGCUUCAUCCCAGAGUUGCAGAGCAUGAUGUUUGCUCUGGGAGACGCUCGCAGGCCUCUGCACGAGACGGCAGCUCUGGUGGAGGACAUUGUGCACACGCAGCUCAUUACGAUGCUGCAUCAGGCCUGUGAGGGCGCAGCUCUUCGAGGUUCAAGGGUUAUUUCAGCCGAGGACAUCCUGUUCCUGAUGAGGAGAGACAAAAGGAAGAUGGUGAGGUUAUUGAAAUAUCUCCAGUUUAGAGAUUAUAAAUCCAAACUCCUCAAAUCUCUGGAGGAUGAAGACACAAUUCAGGAUUCAGGUGCUGUAGCUGGUGGUAACCAGCGGAGGCAGCGAUUGGCCCAGGACUUCCUCGCUUGGAUGGAUCAGACGGGCGAGCUGCUAUCAUUAGCCGAGCGACAGGAAGUCGACCCCAUCAAACAGGAGAGGAUGGAGCGUUUAGAACGCCAGACUCGGGCUAUGGACCCGGCUCAGUACUCGGAGUUCUGUGAGAGUCGACAGCUUAGCUUUGCAAAGAAAGCCUCGAAGUUUCGGGACUGGUUGGACUGCAGCAGCUUGGAGCUGAAACCCAACAGCAUCGCCAUGGAGAUCCUGUCGUACUUGGCCUAUGAGACAGUUGCCCAGAUUGUGGACUUGUCUCUGCUGGUAAAACAGGAAAUGACGGCCAAGAGUAAUCCCAUCAGUCACGUGAUCUCUGCCAGCUACAUCCACUACAACACACACACUGAGGUAAAGAAGGAUCCAGACUCACCUGAGGCCACGCCCCCGUCCACCCCAGGUUCCUCACACUCUUCAAAGCACCCCCUGCAGGGCAACGGCAGUUUAGACGGCCGAGCGAGACAGAGGAAGCGCAAAAAGAGCUCUCCAGUGACAGUGGAGCCGCACAGUGGAGCGAUCCAGCCCUGUCACAUCAGAGAGGCCAUGCGGAGGUUCAACUACAGGCAGACAAGUGGGUACGGGAGGAGUGGAAUGGCCUUCCUCACCUGCUGACAGUCACAGAACUACACAUGGAAACGAUGUCAUUGAUCAAAAGAAACUUUAUUGGUCACUAAUACAGAAAAACAAGUGAUUACUGAGAAUGUUCCAAACUCAGAUUGACAUCAUAGCAGGGGCUAGAAAUUACAGCGGAAACUGAAAAUGACACGGUGACAAAACUCAUUUGUUUUUGGGAGCGAAUGUUUGACUGUUGCUCAGUAUUUUUGGACAGUAUUGAUCAGCAGCUCUCGCUCCAUCAGCAGCUCACCGUACCUCUGCUGGAGUUCUCGCUCUCGCUCCGUCUGCCUCUCCACGUCCUCCCGCAAAGCCUAAAACACAAACACGCGCGCUGUUUAGCACAAAUCUGCACCAUUUGUACUGCUGUAAUCUACUUUAUAAAUGAAUUAUUUUUCUUACAUGUAAUAGUUACUUUGUAAAUAAAUGCUGCCAACUAUAAGCAAAUAAAAUGUUUAAAAAGGU